GUUGCAACGCCUCCUGCGCCAGCCGGCCGCGGGCAGCAGCCGAGUCCCCGCCCCGCCAAGGACGGCCAAGGCGGGGAGGGGAAGAGAGAGAGAGCGAGCUAUGCAAAUCGGGCUGGAUGAGAUCAGCCGGGAGCAACUGGCUGUGCAACUUCGGAGCAGGACUCUUUUCCCCUCGCCAGUUGCAAGGCUCCGGCUCGCGCUUUUGCGCACGGCAGACGCGCCUUCUCUCUGCGCCCUGGUUCCCGGCUGGAUUAUUCCUCUUGCCAAGUGAGCUCCGGAGCUGGAAUUUCUAUCUUUCUGUCUUUGCGGAGUUAAUUCUCUCUUUUCUUUCCGCCGCAUUUUACCCGGUUCUGUAACCGGUGGAUUUAAGCGCUGUUUGAGUUUGAAGAGGAGAACCCAGAAAAGGAUGUGGCUGAAUCUCACUGGAAGAUAGCGACAGUCUUGAAGUACAUAGAGCAGUUAAGAUGGACAACUUUCUUACAGGCAUGAAGACUCAACUGUCGGUGUAAUCAUUGCAGAGCCCAGAGAGCAUGGUGGGACUCGCAGCGCUUUGCUUGCUGCUCUCGGCGUCCCUCGGUGCCUCGGAGUUGGAAGAGCACUUCGAUCCAGCUAAGUGUCGCUAUGCAUUGGGCAUGCAGGAUCGCACCAUCCCGGAUGAGGCCCUCUCAGCCUCCAGCUCGUGGUCUGACUCGACGGCCGCCAAACACAGCAGGUUGGCGCUGAGCGAGGGAGAUGGAGCCUGGUGCCCUGCAGGACCCGUCUACCCUAACGAUGCGGAGUACUUGGAGAUAGACCUGCGGCGGCUGCACUUCUUAACCUUGGUGGGCACGCAGGGUCGCCAUGCGAGCGGUCACGGCAAAGAGUUUGCCCGCUCCUACCGGCUACACUACAGCCGGGACGGGCACCGCUGGAUGCCUUGGCGGGACCGGUGGGGCAACGAGGUGAUUUCGGGUAAUGAAAAUACAGAAGAAGUGGUGCUGAAGGACCUGGGCCCCCCGGUUAUUGCCCGUUACGUCCGCUUCUACCCACGUGCGGACCGAGUCAUGAGUGUCUGCCUGCGCGUGGAGCUCUAUGGCUGCGUCUGGAAAGAUGGUCUUCAGUCGUACACGGCUCCUCUCGGCCAGGUCAUGCCUCUAGUUCCAGAACCAGUCUACCUGAAUGACUCCACUUACGAUGGGCACAGCGUCAGCAACUUGCAUUUUGGGGGCCUUGGCCAGCUGACCGAUGGGGUGAUUGGCCUGGACGAUUUCACCCACAACAAAGAGCUGCGCGUCUGGCCAGGGUACGACUACGUAGGCUGGAGGAACAGCUCUUUCCCCAAGGGCUUCGUCGAGAUGGAGUUUGAGUUUGACCAGCUCAGAGCCUUCACUUACAUGAAGGUCCACUGCAACAACAUGCACACGCAUGGGGUGAGCGUCUUCCGGCAGGUGGACUGCCUCUUCAAGCGCAGCCUGGCCACGGCCUGGGAGCCCACGCCUGUCUCGCAACAACUCGCUGUAGACGUGAGGGAUCCCAGCGCCCGGUCCCUCACAGUGGACCUGGGAGGGCGGCUCGGCAAGUUCGUCCAGUGCCACUUCCACUUUGCCGGCGAGUGGAUGCUUUUCAGCGAAGUUGGCUUUCUCUCUGAUGUUGUGGAUGACCCCUCCUUCUCGGCCUCAAGCCGCCGCCCUCCUGUGAUCGCUCUGCCUCACCCCUCGGGCCACGACACUCCCAUCUCACCGGCUCUGGGUUCUGCGCAGAGCGAAAAAGCCAACAUUGGCUCAAACCUCACGCUCCAAGAUCUGGAAAGUCAAGGGGAACCAAAAUCAGGGCAGCCCAUUGCAAAGGACGACAACAGCAACACCUCCAUCCUGAUUGGGUGCCUGGUGGCCAUCAUCCUUCUCCUAUUGGUUGUCAUCUUCCUCAUCCUCUGGCGGCAAUAUUGGCAGAAGAUCUUGGGGAAGGCGCAACGCCGCAUCUCAGACGACGACCUCACCGUCCACCUCUCGGCACCAAGCGACACCAUCGUCAUCAACAACACGAUGGGCUCCCACCGGCACUCGAACCGCUACGAGCGCAUCCACUCGGGGGAGACGGAGUACCAGGAGCCCAACAGGGCCCGCAUGAAACUGCCAGAUCUGCCCCACAGCGUCGAGAACUCCGCUCUGCUGCUCAGCAACCCGGCUUACCACCUCUUCCUGGCCACUUAUGCCCAGCCAAUGGGAAGGCCUGCUUUCCCGCCACCCAACCGGGUUAAGCCAAUCAACACCAAUGCCUGUGGCGCUGACUACAUGGAACCGGAAACCGCGGGAAGCCAGCCAGGCUUCCAGAACAACGUUCCGCAUUACGCUGAAGCCGACAUCAUCAACCUGCAAGGGGUGACGGGCGGGAACACCUACGCGGUCCCGGCUAUUGCGGUGGACGCCCUCGCCGGCAAGGACAUGGCGCUGGGCGAAUUCCCCCGGGAGAGGCUCGUCUUCAAGGAGAAGCUGGGCGAGGGGCAGUUUGGAGAGGUCCACUUGUGUGAAGUGGAAAACCCUCAGGACCUUCCGAGCCUGGAGUUCCCCUUCAAUGUGCGCAAGGGGCGCCCUCUGCUGGUGGCCGUGAAGAUUCUACGCUCUGAUGCCACUAAGAAUGCCAGGAACGAUUUCCUGAAGGAGGUGAAGAUCAUGUCUCGCCUGAAGGACCUCAACAUCGUCCGGCUCCUGGGCGUUUGCGUGAGAGACGACCCCCUGUGCAUGAUCACAGAGUACAUGGAGAACGGAGACCUCAACCAGUUCCUCAGCGGACAUGAGAUGGAAGACAAGCUGGGCGGGAGCCCCAGCGGGAAGCCGACAAUCGGCUAUCCUACCCUGGUCCACGUGGGGGCCCAGAUUGCCUCAGGAAUGGCCUUCCUUGCCUCCCUCAACUUCGUGCACCGGGACCUGGCGACGCGGAACUGCCUGGUGGGCGAAGGUUUCACCAUCAAGAUCGCUGACUUUGGCAUGAGCCGGAACCUCUACGCUGGGGACUAUUACCGCAUCCAGGGCCGGGCAGUGCUGCCGAUCCGCUGGAUGGCUUGGGAGUGCAUCCUCAUGGGCAAGUUCACCACAGCCAGCGACGUCUGGGCGUUUGGCGUCACACUUUGGGAGGUGCUUAUGCUGUGCCAGGAACAGCCCUACAGCCAGCUGACCGAUGAAGCCGUCAUCGAGAACGCCGGCGAGUUCUUCCGGCACCAGGGCAAACAGGUCUAUCUCUCUCGUCCUCCUGCCUGCCCGCUGGCUGUCUACGAGAUGAUGCUGAGGUGCUGGGCGCGAGAGGCUAAGGACCGCCCCUCUUUCCAACAUCUGCACCGCUUCCUGGCUGAAGAUGCCCUCAAUAUGGUGUGAACCGGAUUGGUGCCAGCCAGCGGAGAUUAUGUUUAAGGACUCGGGUUGCACCACAGAUACUGCUGAGGGAGGAGGCAGGAUGUAGCUCCAGAGGGCCUCAGGCUCUGGGGUGCCUGCGGGGGGCAUCUUGUCUUCCCAUCCUUGACUCAGCCUUGGUUGGUCCACCCAUUGCUUUCUAUCCACUCCUCAACAUGACAUUCUCUCUCUCUCUCUCCCCCUACCCCAAUUGCUCCAUCACUCUCUUCUGCUAAUCUUUAACCGUCUCUCAAACACCUCAUGAUUCAGCACUGCCAUACAUUUCCAACACAUUUCCCCUUCUCUGUUUUCUGGCCUACCUAUUCCACAUACAUACCCAAUUCUCUUCCCGUCCUGAUCCCUCUUCCUGUCUAAUGCAAUUCUACUUUGGUUCAAUCAAUCUGCCUGAAUCUGAACAAACUUCUCCAGUACCCACAUGUUGACUGUGUUUCGACUGAAUUCCUUUCAUCCACAGACCUUUUUUGUUAUUCCCCUGUAUAUCCAGGUUCUCAAAGUGUGAGUUGAGCCUCCCACUAAGGCAGCAGGGGUUGUUGUUGUUGUUGUUGGGGUCUGCUAGAAGGCCCUCCCUAACCUCAUUUUAUCAACGUUGCACCAGGUUACAAGUCUUCUGAUUGGCCAAUGCUCAUCCACUCGCUUCCAUCUGGGCAGUUCCAUGCUGGGCGCAGUGUCCCUGCAGCUACGAUAGAUGGCUAAGUGUAUAAACUUGGAAGACCUGGAUUCAGAUCUUAUCGCUAGGUGGCCUUAAUUAACCCUGUUCCCUUGGCUAUGGUCCCUUAGCUGUAGUAUCGAGUGUGGGUGUGUAAUGACACCAGCCUACUUUACAGGGUUCCUGUAACCAUUAUUGAGAUAAAGCGAUGUAGGACACUUCUGAACACCCCCCAAAACUAAGAAUGAAUUCCAUGCUGAACUUCAUUCUGUUGGGCCAAUGUGACAGUGCUGUGAUUAAGAAGGAUUUUCGGUGGAGCCGCACCUCUUCCCCCAAGGACCAUGAAACACCAGGAUCCUGCUGUCCAAGGUCUCAGAGCGAGGUUUAGGAGUCUCAGGCAGGUGUAACCUUCGGCACCUGACCAGCUAGGAUAUGGGCAACUUUACAGACCUCCAGCUGUGGAUCCUCAUUGACUCUCUCUGUCUCUGUGUGUAGGUGACUGCCCCUCAAUACAGCCCAUCAUGCCAGAUGGAUUAGGAAGAGAUGUGCCUACGUUUUAAUACGUUCUCGUGUGUGUGUGUGUGAUUUCAGGAGGGGCUGGAGAAGCCAUGUCCAAAUCCCGUUUUUGAUGCAGAAGCUUGGUGGAUGCUCCCAUCCUCAGACAUUUGCACAUAGCAGUAGGCAAACAACCGCAUGCAAGGGUCUCUUAGAAUCGUGGAAUUUGAGUCUUUUCUGCUGCAAUACGGGGAUCUCUUGCGCAACUUGGGGCUCAAACCCACAACCCUGAAAUUUAGAGUC